AUGGGUAGAAACAUUAAUUCGUUCCAUCUUAUCAACCAAAACAUUCAUUUUGAUCAAGAUGAGUUUUUGUUUAGAGAAAUUGAUGAUGAAUUAGCUGUUCCAAUUCCAGAAGAAGAUCUUCACGCAUCAACACUGCUUAAUUGCGAACAACAAAAUGCUUAUAAUUCUAUCUUACAAAAAGUUUUGUCAGAUGAACCUGCGAUGUUCUUUAUUGAUGGUCCUGGUGGUACAGGAAAAAUAUUUUUAUACAAAGCACUCCUUGCUACAACAAGAAAAAAGCAAUUAAUUGCUCUUGCAACUGCUUCAUCUGGUGUAGCUGCAUCAAUCUUACCUGGAGGUCGAACUGCACAUUCACGAUUCAAAAUUCCACUACAUACCAACAAAAAUCUCACAUGUAGUGUCAGCAAACAAAGUGGACUUGCAAGAUUACUACAAAAAGUAAAGUUGAUCAUAUGGGAUGAAGCUCCUAUGUCAAGAAAAGAAUCUAUAGAAGCAUUGGAUAAAAUGCUAAAGGAUAUUAAUGAUUCAGAAUUAUCUUUUGGUGGAAAAGUUAUUGUAUUUGGUGGAGACUUUCGUCAGAUUCUACCUGUGGUCCCAAAAGGAACAAGACAACAACAGAUUGAUGCCAGCUUAGUUUCUUCCUACCUAUGGCCAAAAUUGACAAAAAUUCGUUUAACUGAAAAUAUGCGUGCAAGAUUAGAUCCAGACUUCUCAAAAUACAUAUUGGAUUUAGGGAAUGGGUUACCACCAAUCACAAUUAAUGAAUGCGUCAGAAUUUCUGCAGUCAUGUUAAUUCCAUAUGAAAAUGAUGCUGCUUCUUUGGAUCAUUUGGUGGAUACUGUUUUUCAUAAUAUUUCUGAUUAUUCAACAAAUAUUUCAAGCAUGAUGAAUCGAGCUAUAUUGACACCAAAAAACAGUUAUGUUGAUGAAAUAAACACUUUGUUGAUUCAGAGAUUUCCUGGAGAGUUAAAACAAUAUUACAGUUUUGAUGAAACAAUCGACGCAUCUGAACAGGCAGUCAUGGAAGAUUUCUUACAUACUUUAACACCAAAUGGACUUCCUCCACAUGAAUUAUUGUUGAAACAAAACUGUCCAAUCAUGUUAUUGAGAAACAUCAAUCCUUCAGAAGGGCUAUGCAAUGGAACACGACUAAUCUGUCGCAAUUUUGAUCGUAACGUUAUUCAUGCAGAAAUUGCAGUUGGUCAUCACAGUGGCAAAAAGGUUUUUAUUCCGAGAAUUCCAUUUUUACCAAAUCCUGAUGAAAACAGUGGUUUCCCAUUCAAACGAACUCAAUUCCCUGUUAAACUAAGCUUUGCAAUGAGUAUAAACAAGUCACAAGGACAGACAUUAGAUUUUGUUGUGAUAUAUUUGCCACAUCCAGUUUUCUCACAUGGACAAUUAUAUGUAGCUUUAUCAAGAGCUAAGACUAUUUCUGCAAUCAAGAUUCUGAUACGACCAAUCUCAACUGAUGAACCAGAAAAAAAUUGCACAAAAAAUAUUGUCUACACAGACUUAUUAACAUUGGCCUCCUCUGACUGA